AUGCUACCUUUCCUUGCCUUACGCACAGCAUAUAAUGCUGACGAUGACAACUGGAAGUUCCCAUUCCCAAUCCCAACAAAGUGGGGCCUUUUAAGCUUCGGUGUUGAUGCUAACGAAGCUGAAGAUGAUGAUAAUUGGAGAUUCCCAUUCCCAAUCCCAACAAAGUGGGGUCUUUUAAGCUUUGGUGUUGAUGCUAACGAAGAGGAUGAUGACAACUGGGGCAUUGGCCUUACAUACCACUCACCAUGGGGCAAGUUCCGCCUUGAAUACCACAACUCUGCUGAAGAAGAGGAAGAUGAGAACUGGAAGGCUUGGGCUGAAUUAAUGACAGCUAUUGGCAAGUUCCGCCUUGAAUACCACAACUCUGCUGAAGAAGAGGAAGAUGAGAACUGGAAGGCUUGGGCUGAAUUAAUGACAGCUAUUGGCAAGUUCCGCCUUGAAUAUCACAACGCCGCCGAAGAAGACGACGAUGACAACAUGAACUUCCGCUGGAAGUGGGGCCCGGUCGACUUUGACCUUGAGCUCAACGAAGACAAGAAGGUCGCAGCUAAGAAGCCAUUCCGCAGAUACCCAAUCAACAAGGCUAUGUUACAGCGCUGGAUGAAGAAGUACUGCCGCAAGUACCCAUGCCCAAAGUUAUAUAAGAAGAAACUUGCUCUUCCAAAGAAGAUUGCUUUACCAAAGAAACUUCUUGCUAAGAAGCCAAUUGCUCCAAAGACAAACGCUGUUCCAUCAUGGAUUAAGCCACAUCCAUGGUACCAGCAAUACGAUUAUGCCCGCAAAUUAUAUCAACUUUACAAGGCUACAAGAAAAUAA